GCAAUCGAGCAGGCCUGCCCGUACACGAGCACGUGGUCAGGCAUCUUCAUCCACGAAGUUGUCGCGGAUGGCUUUGUCGGGCGUGGCAUCGGCCGGACGAUGGAGUUCCGCACACGAGCAGCUUUGGUGGCCUUGAGUGUCGCGGCCCGCCGCAGCGGCAAGGAUUACGGGCAGCAUGCCGACCUCGGCGACCUGGACCACCUCGUACAGGUUGCCAACGGCAAGUGGUGCCUGGACCUGCCUGGGCCUGCGGCCAAGCGCAAAGCCGAGGAGGAGCCGAAUGCGAAGUUGAUCUCCUACCUGGAGAAGAUGAGCGAGCGACAUUCCCAGGAGCUGGAGGCUCUGAGGCAGCUGCUUUCUGACAAGUGCAGCAGCGAGAGCGCAGCA